GCAGCAGGAAGGGGUCCAGCGCGGCGUGACCUGGUCCACCGUGUGGGAGGGCGACUUCCCCCUCGCCGCGACGCUGGCGAUCCUCCUCCUCGACGCCGCCCUCUACGCCGCUGCCGGCUGGUACCUCGACCGCGCCGGCCGGUCCCUGUCGCAGUUGCCCGUGCGCCUCGCCACCGCCCUCCGCUCCCUCUGCUCGCGCCCGACGCCACGCCGCGCAUCGCGCGUCGCCCUCGCGCCGCCCGACGCGCCGCAGCGGGCCGAGGCUGCCCCGCCGCCGCCGCUGGUGGUCGAGCCGCUCUUGGACGGCGGCGGCGCGGAGGCUGGCGGCGCGUCGAGCGGGGAGGGGGGAGGGGCGUGGGAGGGUGGGAGCGGCGGCGUGUGCGUGCGCGGGCUGCGCAAGGUUUACCCGCGCGGUGUGGCUGUGGCGGGGCUGGACCUCGAGAUGCGGGGCGGCGAGAUCACCGCGCUGCUCGGCGCUAACGGGGCGGGCAAGACGACCACGAUCUCGAUGCUGACUGGCUUGGUCGAGCCGGACGCGGGCGACGCGACGAUCGGCGGCCUGUCCAUCCGGAGCGAGAUGGAGGCCAUCCGGGGCGCGCUCGGCGUGUGCCCGCAGGACAACGUGCUGUACGACCUCCUCACCGCCAGAGAGCACCUCGAGCUCUUCACGGCCUUGCGCAGCGGGGGUGGCGGCGGGCGCGCUGCAGUUGACUCGCUCCUGGCUCGGGCGAGCCUCGCGGCCAAGGCGAGGAAGAGUUGGUCAUCCGUAGCUGUGAAUGGGUGGAGCCUUUCCUCGUCAGGACCCCGCCAUCCGGCAGGCGGCGCGCGCACUCUCUUCCUCGACGAGCCGACCUCGGGCAUGGACCCGCACUCUCGCCGCGCCAUCUGGGCGCUGCUGCGCGAGGUGAGGCGCGGCCGGACGGUCGUGCUGACGACGCACUUCCUCGACGAGGCGGAGCUGCUCUCUUAA